AUGGGUGUUCCAUGGUUGCUUAUCUUGCCUGUGGUGAUUGCGGUUCGGCAGCAGGAUCUUGAUCUUGGGCCCCUCGACGUGAUCAAAGAAGUCGCAAGGAUGGCUGUGGGCGAUUCGGACGCGGUGAUCAGCUUCUCAGGUGACGCCUAUGACCGCACCGCAUUCUUUACAAGCGGAAGUUGGACGGCUCUUCCCGUGCCACUCCACAACGGCGAUCUCACGAUAGAAGGACCGCUGUUCCGAAUCGUCAAGCUGCUGAAGUCGCGUGACAUUCCCAUAUCUUGUCCAGUACAAUGGGCAAACUUUGGCUGGGAGGUCUACCUCUCUGUCACAAAGCCGAAGCAGAAGGUGGCGGAUGCUUUCACCGAUGGUGCGCUGAAGGCCAACAUCGAUUUUUCAACCGUGGGUGGCCACUUGGAGCAGAUGAUGCACGUCAAGGGGCAAAGCCACGGCGAAGGUGCGGUGUUGGACAUAGCUCAAACAGCUUCUGCGCUUGCCACAGGGGCAACGUCCACACCUGAUGUCGCGAACAGCAACUUCAAGCACAUCUUGGAUCUCGUUCUUGCAACCAGUUUGCUGGUGAAGACAUUGUCAAGGGAGGAGCGCGUCGUGCGCUUGAGCCUUGGGCAGAAGUACUACGAGAAAGGGGCCUAUGCGCUAUCGGUCAGUUGCUUGCAGGAGGACGUGGACAGCAGCCCGUACCUGUACAUGCGGUACCCCGACAACAGAACGGUGCAGUUCAGGACACCGGCGCUGGCUGUGUCAAUCCUCUCUGUUGCCUGA